GUAUCUCGUAUCCUAAAAAGAAUCGUGGAAGGUAAAUCUUCUCACGUGGAUAAUAAAACAGUUGGACGUUCAUUGUGGCCUUCUGCUUCGGCACAAGAUUUGAGAUUCUUUGAGAUGGAAAAAGAGAAAGAAGAUGCAACUUCCCCUAGAGGAGUUCUAGAGGCAUGCAUACGAAGCUUUGACAAGGAGCUAAGUUCAUCUGAUGCGGAUAGCAUAAAAAAUGAAGCCAUUUCACAACCACGUUCUCGGUGGUUUAGAUUCUUCAAAAUGUGGAAGAAAAGCUUUGCUAAGAGGGUACCGUCCUUGCCACCCCUUGCACCAAAGCCAUCCAGAAGAAAAACCAUGAGUGCUAGAGAGAACCCAGAUGUUAAUUUAUGCCCUUUCAAGUCCUCAUGGAAAGUUUUCACCAUCUCGGAACUUAAAGCUGCAACUGACAAUUUUAGCGAGGAUAAAGUGAUUGGGCAAGGUGGUUACGCUGAUGUUUACAAGGGCUGCUUGCAUGACGGGAGGCUGGUGGCAAUCAAAAGGCUCAACAAAGGGACAACAGAGGAGCAAAUAAUAGGAUUUCUAUCCGAGAUUGGAACCAUAGCACAUGUUGACCAUCCUAAUACUGCUAAAUUAAUUGGAUAUGGGAUUGAAGGUGGAAUACAUCUUGUUAUGGAGUUAUCCCCCCAUGGAAGCCUAGGAUCACUAUUGCGUGGUGCAAAGAGGAAACUAGAUUGGGGUCCAAGAUAUAAGAUUAUACAUGGGACAGCCAAUGGCUUGUUAUACCUUCAUGAAAACUGCCAAAGGCGAAUCAUUCACAGGGAUAUCAAGGCUGAUAACAUUCUCCUUACGGAGAAUUUUGAGCCACAGAUAUGUGACUUUGGUCUUGCGACAUGGCUACCGAGAGAGUGGACUCACCAUAAUGUGUCAAAGUUUGAAGGUACAUUCGGCUAUUUUGCUCCAGAAUACUUCAUGAACGGCAUAGUGGAUGAGAAAACUGACGUCUUUUCUUAUGGUGUGCUAGUCUUGGAGAUCAUAACAGGACGCCAAGCUUUAGAUGAUUCACAGAAAAGCCUUGUACUUUGGGCAAAACCUUUGAUGGAACAGAAUGCAAUAAGAGAACUAGUUGAUCCUUCUCUGGGUGAUGAUUACAACGAGCAUGAAAUGAAUCGUGUAAUUUUGGCAGCUUCGUUGUGCAUUGAACCGACUCCAGCUCUCCGUCCUCGAAUGAGUCAGGUCGUGAUGCUAUUAAGAGACGAUUAUGAUCCCAAGGGCUCAACGCCGCAACAGAAAAAACGAGCAUUUCAAAGAACAUACUCAGAAGAGCUCAUGGACGCUCAAGAGUACAAUUUAACCAAGCAUCUCAACACCGUGACUCGAAUAGAAGGCGUACGAGAGAAAAACACAUAA